AUGAGGAACAGUGAGGAGGAUCCCGCCGUAAUUGUAGUCGUAGUUGUCAUACUUCUAAUCCUGGUUGCUGCUGGUUUUGCGUUCUUUAUGAUAAGGCGAAAAUUUGGUGAACUAGCUAGAAACCCUGCCUUCGAAGUACUGUAUUCAAGGGAACACGGUAACGACAAUUUAGCCACAAGGGUAUCCAAUAGCAGCCAAUUAGUCAUUGCGAUUAGACAAUGUAUGAAUGGGCUCUAUAUAUUCAUACCUUGGAACGCAACUUUAUCGAAAAUAAACUGGACUAAAGAUGGAUCAGCCAUUGAUAUAAAUAACAGAGAGAAGUACAAAACCGGAGAGGACAGCACCCCUAUGCUUAUUGUAAAUGGCGCCACUUCAGAUGACAGCGGAGAAUACGUGUGCAGGGGAACUUCUUUAGGACAUAUUCCUGUCAUGAGCAAGCCGAUUUAUAUAGGAAUAACCCCUGUACACCUCAAAAGUCCUUCAGUAGUGAAUGUUGGGGAACCCUUAUCCAAUCACUGGGACUGGCCGUAUUUGAAACCUGACACGACUAAAACUGAGUCCAAAGACCUCGAUCUUUACACCAUCAUGAUCCCAGAACCUCAUGUCGAGACACAGGAUAGUAACCACGAUUUGUUUAGCAGAAUAGAUUUCAACUCAAUCAAAAGGUACCUUCAUUUCUGGCUUCUGUUCUGCGAGGGAGGGACAGUUGAUCUGAACAGCAAAGAACACAUGGAGAUCCUGAAGAACUUGUACGAAUUCACAAAGGGUCCAGAUGCAGAACCUAUCCCAGAGGAUCUAAGAUCUGUUUGCACAACAUAUGAUAGCAUGAUUUGUACGGACACCCAAUUGUCAUUUACUUCAGAUGAAAUUGAAAGACAAAGUCUCUGGGCUUACAUUCAGCAUGGUUAUCUUGUUCAGAAAAAUGUUCAUUUUCUUCUGGAUAAAGCACCAGUUGCCUUGAUUGCAAAGUACUGCAGAACAUCUGGGUAUCGUGGUUCUCAAGAGGAAUGGUGUCUUUGUCUCCCUGGUAUUUUCACUGAGAAACUUAUAGCAAAGAUGGACUUGGAUAUAAUCACACACCCAGCUAUUACUGAUACCGAUAUUCAUCCAUUAGUGAGUCAAAUAUUAAAAAUUCCUGAGGAAAUUCUGCGAUGGGAAUAUGACCAACGCCGGAAGUUCUUGGAAAGCAUACGUGAAGAAAGCAUUGCAAUGUUCAGGGGAAGAGCUAUGAUAGUAGGGUGUGUGGGGGCAGGUAAAACUACCUUCCUACGAAGACUUCAAUCCAAAUGGUCAUUAGAGGAUCUAUACACAACAGAGUCAACUGUUGGACUGGAAGUUUAUCAUAAUCUAUUCCUAAUCGUGGACGGUGAAGACCAGAGAUUGCUGAAAGAGAUACCACAAGGAAUGUCUUGCGAUGUUGAAAGACACAUAAAGAACAGAGAAAAGCUAAUCAGUGUAACUGACUUUGGUGGUCAGUGUUCAUAUUAUGCUUGUCAUCAAAUUUACCUGACAAGACGUGCCUUCUAUAUUCUUGUGAUAGACAUGUCAAAAGGAUUAGAAGAAAAGGUUGACUCCACUCGAUUAGACGCAAAUGGAUCCAUUUAUGAAGAUUGGACUUACAAAGAAUACUUCCUCUACUGGAUGCAGUCUAUCAGCACUUACUGUGAUGAUACGACACCUGUAAUACUGGUGGCAACACACAAAGAUAAAGUCAGUGAACAAGGCAGGACAGAAUGUUUUUAUGACAUAUUAAUGGAUUGCUUGCCAAGAGACUCAGAACUGAAACGGCACCUCUCACAAAAACGAUACUUUGAGAUUCAACUUCCCCCUCCAGAAGAAAAUGAAACAAAGGUUAUAGAGAACACCAUUGUAGAAGUCGCUACUAAACAAACGCACUGGGGAGAAAGAGUUCCUGCCAAAUGGGCCAUGUUCGAAAUAUCUCUGUCAGAGAUAAAAACAGAAAAAAAGAUAAUGAGCAUUGAAGAACUAAAACAAAACAUUAGAAUUGAGCUUCCUGACAAAGAUGAAGACUUGCGCAUCAUGCUGUCUUUCUUUCAUGAAAUCGGAACAAUACUGUAUUUUAAUGAAGAAGGGUUGAAUAAAAUGGUUAUUCUGGAUGUUCAAUGGUUUGUUGAUGCUUUUAAGAACAUUAUUACUGACCCAACGCAAGUUAAAGAUGCAUCAUUUACCGUCAGCGAAUGGAUGCAGUUUAACCAGACAGGCCAACUGAGCGAUCGGCUCCUGAGUGAAAUGUGGUCAAACUACAAAUACGGAUGCUUUGCUGAACACAAAAGUACCAUUCUUCUAUAUAUGCAAAGACUGGGUCUUAUAGUGAUGGGGAGAGAAGAGCACAAGGAAUCAACAUAUCGACCUCCUUUCUGCGUAAAACAAGAGCAAGCAGGAGAGAAAACAAGACAAAAUUACCACUAUGUACCAUGUAUGAACAAGGAAAGUAGAUCCGAUACCUAUGAGAAGAUACUCAAGAAUGGCACAAACAAAACUUCCAUUCUGGUUUUCCGAUUCAAGACAUUCUUGCCUCAUUUCUUUUACUACCGACUUGUUGUCCAUUGUAUGACUAGAUGGCGGACUCUGGUUCAGGAUGAGGUACCUUUAGUUUGCAAAGAUGCAGUGUUUCUUCUACAUGAAGAUGAUGAUCAUAUACUCGUUCUUGGUGUUUGUAAGCCGUCCAUCCAAAUUCAGGUUGUUUGCCUUGAGGGUAACCUUGAUGUGGAUGUUACCUUGAAAAUACGUGAUGAUGUUGAAAGCAUGAUGAAGUCUCUUACCACGACAUUUCACAAACAAGUGCAAUAUGAUAUUGGUUAUUUUUGUCAGGAAAAGGGAUUUUGUGCAGAUGUGGAACAUUUCUUUAUAUCUGAACAUGACCUUCUACAACUGAAAAGGGACACAACCUGGUGUAGAAAACAUGCUAAGGAGAAUCACAAGAUUAAUAGAAAGGACCUUCUUAAGUUUUGGAAAAAGUCGAGUUCAAAAGAAAUUGGUUGCCCAUGUUUUCCAAAACGUAGAGUUCUUGAAAAGACUCCUAUUUUAGAUAAAACGACAUCAAACAUUGGUCCAAAACCAGAAGAAAUGGAAACAGAGAGAAUAAGUUUGAUUUGCAGAGACGUACAGAGUUAA